AUGAACAAACAGCACUUGCUAUUAGUUACCACCAACCCGAUAGUACAAUUUGUACGGAUUAGUUAUUUACGCUAGAAGAACAACUGACCGUUUGCGAAAGAGCUUCCCCUCCUGAUGCAGUGAACAACUUCAUGUUCGUCUCAAUAAUGCCUUCGGCUCUCAGAAAUAUGGGCGCAUUGUGCUAGUCAAACAGAUAGUCCAACGAUAUUACAAUGAGGCGGGCUUUAGCAUCAAUCCAUCAUGUUUCCAGUUCCUUCUCCCGCUAUGUGUACUCGAAACGCUAUUCGCAGGUUGUUCGCUACGAAGUCCGCUGACCUAUCUCUACGUACUGCCCUCUUUUUCCCCGGCCACGGAGUUCAACGUGUUGGCAUGAUAACACCCUGGUUAGAAGCAUUCCCCAGAACAGCGCGACCUUUCCUUGAUGAAAUGGACAGUACAAUGGGCUUUCGACUGUCUCGUUUGAUAGCGGAGGGUCCAAGUUCGGAACUGAAUAUGACGGCAAAUUCACAACCAUCGGUGAUGGCAACCUCGAUAUUGAUUCUCCGGAUACUAGAACAAGAGUUUGGGUUCCAAACACAGGACCGUGUUGAUGUAACUCUUGGGCAUAGCUUGGGAGAGUACGCUGCUUUGGUUGCUGGAGGGUAUCUACAAUUUGCAUCCGCACUCGAAAUGGUCCGUGGACGUGCAGAAGUUAUGGCCGAGUGUACUCGCAGGGCUCAACAGAAAUCCGGCGAAAGUUACGGAAUGGUUGCAUUGAUCUGCGAAGCAGAUCGCCUACCCGCACUUAUUGCAGCAAUACAAGAGUUCCUUGGACCUGGGUCAGCGGGCUCUAGGGAUGAUUCUAGUUAUGAAAUGGCCUCAAUAGGCCAAGUGCUCAUCGCCAACGUCAACUCUAAGAACCAGAUAGUCCUCAGUGGAAGUCUGGAAAGGAUCAAGACGCUCCUUGUUCAAAUUCGGCAAUUUGGUGGCCAUGAUCCACGUGCUGUGAGGUUGAAUAGCGAUAGUCCUUUUCAUAGUCCGAUCAUGACUCCUGCCGCCCGCUAUAUGCGUACACGUUUGGAGAUAACCGAUAUUACCUUUCCAACGGCCAUACUUUGUGUUUCUAACGUCACUGCGACUCCCUUCAAAUCAAAGGAAGACCUCAAGGACCUGCUAUCUAGGCAAUGCGUUGAAACAGUAAGAUGGUGGGACAGUAUCAGAUACCUGCAUCAAGAACGAGGUGUCAAGAGAUGGCUAGGAAUUGGUCCAGGGAAGGUUGGGAGGAACUUAGUAGGUAAAGAAGUUGGCCGAACCUCGGCUAGAGGUGGAGGAGUCUGGGCCAUAUGUGACCCAAGAGAUGUGGAGGAUACCUUGCAAUCUCUUGACAAAUGUGAAACGGAGGCCCCUUAGAUUUUGAUUAACAAGCCAAAGAGAAAAAAGGGUCAGUUUCUGCGACUAUUGGCAUCGAUAAAUAUGUUUGAUUGUCUUUAUGGAAGCGUAGCAUGUUACCAAGUUCUAUGAAAAUCUCAUUGCCAUUCAUAUGUCCCAAGAAUGACUCAGCUGUUCGGGGCUUUGAGUAAACACCAGUCAAGACAACUAAUAUCACGAUCUCUCUACUGCGUCACCGAUACUACAUAAUAUGGUCACUCCCCUUUAAUCCACCUACCACAUACUAUGACCCUCCGUGUUGACAAAGGCAUAAGACCGGGAGAGCGCAGUCUAGAACUGAAAAUGGUGUAUUGAGCAGCUCGACCCUGGUGUAUGGGGUCUCCACCGCGUGCACAGCUCGGGCUGAUGAUAAUGGAUGAUAAGUUGCCUGUGCCGUAGUAAAAUGGGAUAUUGAUAGCAGUAGGCUAAACGGGUAGCCUGAGUAUGUCUCAAGGUCUUUUAUAGCUUCAUUCUGAUUGCGGUCCGAAAUAGCAAUCAGAUGAUCGUAAGACUAGGCGACCACAUAUCACCGAUUCGUUUGACCUCGGCUAUGAAUUUCUUGUCAUUUAUACCCAAUGGAGCGUCAGUUGUUGUUUCGA